AUGCGUUUCUUCUACUCCUUCGUCCUCCUCGCGGUCACAGCCCUCGUCUCCGCCGCGUCCAUCAAGCAGGACAUGGACCUCCUCAAGCGUGAGAUUGACGCUGCUGCCGUCUUCGGACAGGUUGAGAUCGUCCCUGUUCCUCUGGACGGCAACCUGACCAAGCUCGAGUUCACCGUCGACGGUAACUUCGAGGGCACCCUGAUCCAGACCGAAGAUGGCGGAGUCGAGGCCUUUGACGCCGAGGGCAAGCCAAUCGACCUUGACGAGACCGUCUUUGACGAGUUCCUCGAGAAUGUCCCCGUCAGCAAGCGGUUCUACCUUGCCAUCAUCCGCAUCAUCGGCGCGCUCCUCGUCCGAUGGGGACAGCGUGCUUGGGCUUUCUUCGCCUGCAUUGGCUGGAACGCCACCCUCCUCAACUGCGCUGACAAGUUUGUGACCUGUGCUUCGCGCGGUACCGCACCUUGGGCUUGCGCUUCUGGCCUCCUCUGCGUUGGAAAGGCUGGCAAGAACUGCGUCUAA